AUGAAGACGCAGAACAUCAGGACCCUCUCUCUCAUCCUCUCCAUCCUUUGCUACCUGCUCGUCGGAGCCGCCGUGUUCGACGCGCUGGAGUCGGACAGCGAGAGUUCAAGGAAGAGGGCGCUGGAGCAGAAGCUGCACGAGCUGAAGCAGAAGUACGGCUUCACGGAGGAGGACUACGGGGACGUGGAGAGGGUGGUCCUCCAGUCCGAGCCGCACCGCGCCGGGAGGCAGUGGAAGUUCGGCGGCUCUUUUUAUUUUGCCAUCACUGUGAUCACAACAAUUGGUUAUGGCCACGCUGCUCCACGCACUGAUGCUGGCAAGGCCUUCUGUAUGUUUUACGCAGUCUUGGGCAUCCCUCUCACCCUGGUCAUGUUCCAGAGCCUGGGCGAGAGGAUCAACACCGCUGUCCGCUACCUCCUGCGCAGAGCCAAGCAGGGCCUGGGUUUACGGAAGACGGAGGUGUCCAUGGGGAACAUGGUCCUGGUGGGUCUGCUGCUGUGCAUGGGCACCUUGUGCGUCGGAGCCGCGGCUUUCUCCCACUUUGAGGACUGGACCUUCUUUAAUGCCUACUACUACUGCUUCGUCACCCUCACCACCAUCGGGUUUGGGGACUUCGUGGCCCUGCAGAAGACAAAUGCCCUCCAGAAGCGACCUCCCUACGUGGCCUUCAGCUUCAUGUACAUUUUGGUGGGGCUGACAGUCAUCGGGGCUUUUCUUAACCUGGUGGUCCUGAGGUUUCUCACUGUCAACACCGAGGAGCCUGCAGGCGGAAGGGCUGACGCGGGGUUGGAGGAGCAGGGGGACGGGGAGCUGUCGGGGGCGGAGGCGGAAACUGCUGCCCUCUCGGAGCCCUGCGCACUCGGGGCCUUGUUCUCCUGCAUGUGCUGUGGCCCGGACAUUUACGAGAGCCCGGCCCACGGCGGCCACAGCAACCCCGUCUUUUAUAACUCCAUCUCCUACAGGGUGGAUCACGCCUCCUGCAGCUCCUGCAACGCGUCGUCACAGGCCUCCCCCUUUCUGGGCGAGAACGAUCCCCACGCCAGGAGGAAGUCGUUAUAA